AUGGUGGUCAUCAAUGUUUCUCUGGGAGGUGCUAGCGGGAGGUUAGAUCAAUUUUUUCAACUUGGCGAAUACAAAACAUUCGAAGCAUUGCACGCUGCGAUACUAGCCAGAUUUAAUAUUCUGGCAGCCAAAGGCAAUAUCUCUCGCGAAAUUUCACGUGUCCUCGUCGGCGAUCGUAGAAUUAGAGACCCUCAGGGUCCAAGAAGUGUUCCCUUCUUUGGCAACUACUUUGACAUUUAUCCCGACCAUAUUGGUAACUAUCGCCGGCUAUUUGACACAUACGGAGGUGUAAUCAAGGUUCACAACAUUGGACGAACCUAUUACUUGACCAAUGAUCCUGAAGUAGCUAAAUUAGCCUUUCGAGACGGUGAAUAUUUUACCAAAGCACCAACGUCUCCCGGCCACCCCUUGCAUGGGAUAGAAGAUCCCACGGCACUAUUCCUUUGCGACACAGAAUCUCCAGCUUGGAAAGAAGCCCAUAAGUUUCUUCCUCCAAGCAUGUCGCCAAAGGCGAUGAAACACCAUCUGCCCAGCAUCACAGAUGCUGUAUCUUCUUCAUUUAAAGUCCUGGAUCAAACUGAGCAUCUCGGUCAAGCUUUCAAUGUUUUCAAAUAUACAAGCAAGCUAGCUUCGCAGGUUUCUGCAAAACUGGUACUAGGUGUUGAUUUGAAUCAUUUUGAAUCCUUAGACACUCCAGUGCACCGGAUGAUGGAGCUUAUUGAACGCGCGGUGAAGUUGAAUACUCGCCUUCAGGUGCGAGGUAAGCUUUACUCGUAUCUCCCAUUCGGUGAUCCGGCGCUCCUUCGACAAAGCUUGAAGGAGGUCUACACCUACAUCGACCAGUCAAUCCUGGACUGGGCCCGCAAGGAAGCGACGAGCUUACCCCUUCAGGUCGCAGCUACUGAUUCCACCUGUCUUGUCGAUUAUCUGCUUCGCGCGACAGAUGGCUCUGGGAAGACGAUGACAAGGCGAUACAUACGAGGCAAUGUUUUGGUCCUUCUGGGGGCUGGUUUCAUUACUAGCUCAGCGUUCCUUUCCUGGCUAAUUUAUUCCUUCACCGUCUACCGAGGUAUGCAAGAGCGGCUGCUGCAAGAGCUGGUAGACCAUGGUGCUGCAGCAAACAAAGAGUGGUCAUACGAGGAACUGCAGGCACUGCCCUUUCUGGAUGCUUUCGUCAAAGAAACACAGCGUCUGCAUAGCCCGUCUUUUCAACCAGCACGCAAUACGCGACAAGAAGUGAUUCUACCUGGUGGCUAUCGUUUGCCUGCAGGCGCCAUUCUGAUCCCUAGUCUUCCCCACUUACAUACCAAUCCCGCACACUGGGACGACCCUUAUAGCUUCAAUCCUGAUCGCUGGGUCACUACACGCGUGAAGGAACGACACCGUUCUGCGUACGUACCCUUCGCUGCGGGCGCACGUGGCUGCAUUGGAUUUAACGCAGCAUUGCUGGAGGCCAAGGCUGCUGUUGCAGAGUUGGUCUAUCAGUAUGCGUUUGUAGAUGCCAGCGUGGAACCAAUCGAGUAUGAUCCUGAAUUUAACAACAUCAGACCUUCGAACUUUUACGUAAAGGUUGCGAAAAGAACUUCCUGGCCGACUCCGAACUCAAACACUGGUUGA